AGGGUUUAAGGCUCACCAAUAAAUUUUGGAUUCACGCUAACAGAGUCUGAUUCAUUAGAAUCGCUGCUGGGCAUGUUUUAUAUUUUCUAAGAUCACUGAUUCACUUUAGCUUCUGAUAAAUUUACCAGUGAAAUUCCUUUUUAUUUGUUAUAUGAUUGAAUAACUUUAGGCUUUUGAAUCAGUAAAGAUCAAAUUAGAUACCAAUGAAAAAAAAUACUAAAAGCUUUUGUCUUACAUGGGUUUACUCUCACUGUCUGGUUUUGUUUUUCAAUCUCAUUGUCUGAUUCUGUUUUGGUCAUAGUAGAACAAAGGCUGAAGGCUUUUUUUGGGGGCUUUAUGAUGCUUAAAUCAAAUCAAAAACAGUCGGAAGACCAAGAAGUUGACAAUCCGAAUGAUGAGUUCCAAGAGGAAGAAGAGGGUUUGUGUCAAUCCUCUUCGAGUUCUUUUCGUGAUUCAAUGUGUGCUCGUGAUGAUGAUGAUGAUGAAGCCGAAUCUAUGUUAAGCAAAGAUUAUCCAUUGCCUGAGACUUGUAGUAUUGGUACUGAGCUUUUGGGUCUAAAGAAGAAGAAGGUGACGGAUGAGUGGAGGAGGUUUAGUCAGCCAUUAAUGUGGAGGUGCAAGUGGUUAGAGCUCAAGGUUAAGGAAAUCGAGUCUCAAGCAAGAGGGUAUGAUAAAGAAGUCCAAAGCUACUAUCAGAGUAAACAUUUUGAUUUGGAGAAGUCGAAACCUUAUUAUGGUGAUGAUCAAACUCAGAGAAAGAGUGUUGUUUUCAAGAGAGGAAGAAGGAGACGUGUGGAAGAGACAACAGAUGUUUCUGCUUACAUCUCCAACCAUAACGUUUUCUCUUAUGCCGGUAUGCCACAGUUUGAAUCUUUCUUUAGUUGUGACUACAAUGUUCUUCUAAUGUAAACUUUGUGUGUUUCAGAAAAGAGGAAGCCAACAACAACUCUUAAACCUCAGUGUCCUGUUCCUGGUGAGACAGGGCGAAAAGCUACGGGCAAGGAAGAUGAUGAUUGUUUUGUUUCUGAGUCGCAUUGUUCUGAUGAUCUCAUAGGCGAGAUACUGUGUAAGAUUGAUGAGGCGCAGGAUAAAGCAAAGAGAUUGAAGAAGCGUGUUGAUGAGCUGAUGAUGAUGUGCAAGUCUCAUACAUCAUCUAUGCCUCGAACAAUAGCUCGAUCUCGGAGUGGCGUUACGGCUCGUAAUCAGAGAGAAGGGACUGUGCAAAUUGGAAGGCAACGUGUAUCUGCUGAUCAGACUGAAGAUGUAUUGAUGAUACCUCAAGCUCCUCCUCCUUUUGAAGUUGAUGGGCAGUUUUUGCUUAACAACUCUCCAAAUCCUUAUGGAGGAUUAAGGUUUCCCACAAUCGAAGAUGUAAGUAUUGUUUUUGUUUCCUAUUAUAAUGUUAUUUUGUUAUGGAGUUGAGAGACAAUCUUUGAGAAUAAUUGGGUUUGUUGUCUCCAGAUGCUGAUGGAUGGAGAUGAAUAUGAAGGAGAACUGGACAAAGAAGAGCUUGAUCAUUGUUUCAUGAAGCUAAUGAAUGAGUUUGGAGGAGAGACCAUCAUGUCAGAAGAAGAAGAAGAAGAAGAUGUUAUGCCGCCUCACUAAGAGAGCAUAAAACCUCAUCCUCUUACUGAAUAGCUCUCUCUCUAAUGUGUACAGAGCCUUUUGUCCUCAUGCCAAAACCCGUUUUCAUACAAAGCUCUCGGAUAGUAGUAAUAUUGGUGGUAUAUUAUGGUCAUUCUUCCCUCUCUCUCUAUUAACUCUUUUGUAUUUGGCUUUUUGAGAAUUUUAAGACAAGAAUAGGUUUCAGAGUUUGUACAUGGCAUAAGUGACUUAGAAUUUAGGCUAUUUUCAAUGUUCUAUAUCUUAAGACCCUUUCCGAUUCAUAAAAUUCAAAAUCUUUGUUUGCUUCUCAUGUGGAUGGAGAAUCCGUGGGACUGUGCGCGAGAUUCAAACAAACAUAAACAUGUGUAUAUUGGAAGAAAAUAUUUUAAUGAUGUUUUCAUGAUUAAUGGAUACAUAUUAUUUAUAAAGAGACAAAUAAACAUGCUAUAUUGUAAGAAAAUAUUUUAGAAAGUUUUUAGAAUUUUUUUAGCAAAAACAUACAUAUACUUUACAGAAAAAUAAUAGAAAAUAAGUAAUACAAUCAAGGAAAAAUCUGUACCAAUCUAUAAAAAUUAGAUAGAAUUUUACAAUCAAGAAUAUAUAUAUAUAUAUAUUUGCAUAAUCCACAACUAUUAAAAUCAAUCAUUAAAAGAAAAUCAAAUUCUACACAAAUUAGUUUCCCAGUAACCUUCUCUUAGUCACAUACAGGGGGGGACGGGGGACCUAAAGAAAAAAUUGGUAUGUGGCACAAAUUAGAUUUCUAACAUAACAAAAUAUUUAAACUAAAAGUUGUAAUGUGUUUUAGAAUUUGAUUAUGGAACAAUGCCCGAUUUGAGCUCAAGCACAAAAAGUAUGGAUUUAAGAACCAUAACUAUUAGGUAUUAUUUGAUUUUUCUUUUGAAAAAAAUAUAUUUGUUAGUCUACUGGUAAUGUUGUUCAAAUAUGGUUGUCAUUCAAGAAUCAAGAUAAUUUUUAAAUAUUAUCUUGAUUUUUAGCUCAUUACUUGUUAACUAUAUUUCAAAUUUGUUUGUGGCCUUCUAUUCUACAAAAAAAGAGUAAAACUAAUUAAAUAAAGUUAUUUUUAAUAAAAUUACAGACGUAUAACAUACAGAUUAUAAUCAGUCAAAAAAACUAAUAAACAUGGAAAAUAAAAAUAAAACGAAAAGUUAAAAUGAAAAAAGAAGGACAGAUAACAU